GAGCAGGCGACCCGGAAGUGCCGGGAGGGUGAUGGCGGUUCCCAUGGCGAUGGGGCCUGGUCCGGGCAGCCGCCUACUCCUCGCCGUCGGGCUGUUGGCGGCCGCCAGAUCAGCCCUGCCGCUGGGCACGGGCCAGUGCGCGCAGCGCGACCGCUUCGAGGAGGAGCUGGUGCUGAAGCCGCUCAGCAGCGGCGAUGUGGCGGCCAAUUUCCAGUUCCGCACCCGCUGGGAUGUGGAUCUGGGGCACGGAGACGGCGGCAAGAGCCGGGUCUCUCACUACAGGCUCUUUCCAAAGUCACUGGGGCAGGUGCUCUCCAAAUUCGCUGUACGUGAGCUGCAUCUUUCUUUCACUCAUGGUUUUUGGAGGCGGACAGGAUGGGGGCAACCUUUCUUACAGGCCCCACCAGGUGCAGAACUCUGGGUCUGGUUUCAGCCAUCCGUUACAGAUGUUGACACCACCUGGAAGGAACUGAGUAAUGUUCUCUCAGGUUUAUUUUGUGCAUCUCUUAAUUUCAUUGAUUCAACAAACACUGUUACUCCAACGGCUUCUUUCAAACCUCUUGGCAUCAUUAAUGAAACCAACCAUAACUAUUUAAGAUAUGCAACACUGCCGAGAGAGAUUGUGUGCACUGAAAAUCUUACUCCGUGGAAAAAACUCCUGCCCUGUGGUUCAAAGGCAGGGUUGGGUGUGCUGCUGAAAGCUGAACGGUUAUUUCACACCAGUUACCAUUCGCAAGCUGUCCACGUCAGACCUGUUUGCCGGGAUCAGCUGUGCACCAGUAUCUCCUGGGAGCUGACAUUGAGCCUGUCUGUCGUGUUUGACCUCCAUGCUGCUGGCUCUGGAAAACGAGAAUGGUCAUUGUUUAAGAUGUUUUCACGAACACUGACGGAGGUGUGUCCUCUGGCAUCACAAAGUACAAUUUACGUGGACGUCACGGGCAAAGAGAAGAUUAAUGACACCUAUGAACUGAUGCCACCGGUACCCAUAUGGCUUAAUGCAACAGUACAUGGUCAGAAGAGACUUUAUGCUGUGUACAACUUGAUGAAUCCUGAGCUUUACAGCGCAUCGUCACACUCCUUGAAUGUAGUCUUAAAAUGGAAACCAUCCAAACAGUUUGCGGUCCCUGAAGUGCCUGUCUUCCACGCAGAGAGAUAUGUGAGUGGCUUUGGCCUUUGGACAGGAAAGAUCAACACCCUGAUCUACAAUUAUCACCCCUACCGAUCAUUCCCAGUGCUGAUGAUGGAGGUUGUACCAUGGUACCUCCGGCUCUAUGUCCACACACUCACCAUCAACACAAAGGGCAAGGAAAACAAACCAAGUUACAUUCAUUAUCAGCCAGCCAAAGAUCGAGAAUGCCCCCAUCUACUGGAGAUGCUAAUUCAGUUGCCAGCCAACUCCAUCACGAAGAUCAGCAUCGAGUUUGAGAGAGCUCUAUUAAAAUGGACGGAGUAUCCUCCUGAUCCCAAUCAUGGCUUCUACGUUGGCUCUUCUGUUCUGAGCGCACUGGUACCAAGCAGUGUAACUAUGGAAACUAACAACACUAAACCCAUGCCUCUUUUUAACAGACUGUUUCCAUUCAAUGAUCCCUCGGUUUAUUUUGUCAGACUUUACACCGAGGCCUUGCUGGUAAAUUUACCCACACCUGAUUUCAGCAUGCCCUACAAUGUCAUCUGCCUGACCUGCACUGUGGUAGCAGUUGGUUAUGGCUCCUUCUACAACCUGCUCACAAGGACCUUCCAUAUCGCUGAGCCCACUGGUGGGGUAGCAAAGAAGAUUGCUAACGUAAUCCGUAGACUGCGUGGGGUGCCGCCCAUCUGAAGUUGCCACAUUUAUGAAAGCGGGUGUGGGGAAAAGCACCAAAAUGGGUGACUCCUCCCAAAUUGGGUUAACUGCAUUUCAUUGCUACAUUAGUUUCUCAUGCUCUUUGUUGAAAUUAUUUCAGUACUGUGAAGCUUUGAUGUGCUAUACAACUACUGUAUUCACCAGGUCAGGCACAUUGAACUAUUUGUUGUAAUUACAUUGUGGGGGGGAGUUUGGAGGGGGUGUAUUGAACUGCCUUUUGUUUAGUAUGGUGGGGGACAAACAUUGGUAAGGCUGAUAAGCUACAAUAUAUGGAGCCUAUACAUUGUAAGGAGAUAUAUCUGGUGUCAUAUGCUAGAGACUCUUACUUAGAUCUUUGUACACCACAUCUUCUUUAGAUCCAUUUAGUCAUUUUGUGGGGGGAUAAUUUUUAUAAAUGAACACCAACAUAAAAUUAGUCAGGUUGAUGAAGAGGGGAUACUUUUAACAUCCAGGUGUUCACUAUCCAAUAGUUUGGGUGCCUCAUUGCGCUGCUGAGGUUUAUUCCUGUAGCCCCAUUUUGUACUAACAACUUCACUGUGGUUUGCAUCGUCAUCCGGGCAACCUAACAACAGACAUCUUUUUAGAGCUCAUCGUAAGUUAUAUUGGAAAUACCGGCUCGAGUCUUUGCAAUGGAGCUUGCAACAAGCAUUUGACUCAAAGCAGCAGUUGCAAGGAUCCUCUGUUCAGUGACUUCAAGAAAAUAACGAAAGGAGUAAGUGAUAACAUUUAAAGCUUUGGUUUGAUAUUUUCAAUGGUAAUAAGCUUUAGCCAGCAUGAUUUUGUAGUGGUUAUCUUGUUUUUAAACUACCAUUUGCAUGACUCGUUCCACUUCAUUCUUGAGACUCUCUUCUGAACAGCAAGAUUGUUUUCUUCAACCUACAGUCCUCAUCUCCAGCCAGGAUUAGAUAUGGUCUUGACGGAUCACAUCCUAUAGCCUGAGCAAAAAAACAAACA